CGUGCAGGGGAGGUGCUGCCGAAAUUUUGUAUUGACAGUUUUAUGUUUCUUUUUUUGCAGAGAAGAGCCAGUCGGAGCGGCGCCGGAGUACCUCGGCGACCCCGAUCGCCUUCCUUGCCGCUGCGGGUCUGCCUGCACCGCGUCGCCUCGCCACUGCACCGACCCGCCACGGCCCCGCUAGCCUGACUCCACCGCCACCCUAGAGGAUGGAGGACCGUGAGUGGAUGUACACGGGCCGCGCAAGUCAGGGUCAGGUCACCAAUGAAUGGAUCGACAAGACCGAUGCUUUCUUGGAACGGGCAUUUGGCGUGGCUGCUAAAGGAGCGAGUAAAAUUUGCUGUCCCUACAGCAAAUGUGCAAACAGGAAAAGACAAACGAAGAAGGUCAUGGGGGAACAUCUUUGGAAGAAUGGAUUUACGGCGGACUAUACCCGGUGGGUCUACCAUGGUGAAGCCGAUCGUAUGAGAGAGGAGGUGGUGAGACCACGCGUCGAGGAUUAUGAUGCUGAUGCCGGGGUAGCAAACAUGUUAAAUGACUAUCACGAGGCACAGUUCGCUGAAGGACGUACGGAGGAGGAGCCAGAGGCAACCGCAAAGGCGUUCUACGACAUGUUUGCCGCGGCACAGAAACCCCUUCACGGCCAGACAAAGGUUUCUCAACUGGAUGCCAUUGGACGCAUAAUGGCUUUAAAGUCCCAGUAUAGCCUGAGUCGAGACGCCUUCGAUGGUAUGUUGACGGUUAUUGGCAGCCUGCUUCCGGAGGGUCACCUUCUGCCAAAGAGCAUGCACGAGUCACAGAAACUCCUUCGUGCACUUAAGAUGCCGUAUGAGCAGAUACAUGCUUGCCCGAAGGGGUGCGUCCUAUUUAGGAAAGAAUACGUGGAAGCAAAGUACUGUCCAAAGUGUAAAUCAUCUAGGUUCCUGGAGGUAGAUUCUGGUGAUGGCCAGAAGAGGCAGCUUGACAUUCCCGUGAUAAUCCUACGGCACCUUCCGUUCAUACCGAGGAUCCAACGGCUAUACAUGACCGAGGAAUCCGCGAAACAGAUGACAUGGCACAAAAAUGGCAAACGAUACAAUCCUGACAGGAUGGUACAUGCAUCCGAUGGUGAAGCAUGGACCCACUUUGAUGGCAUUCAUCAUGAGAAAGCUAAAGAGGCUCGUAAUGUACGUGUUGCGCUGGCAACAGAUGGGUUCAAUCCUUAUGGAAUGAUGGCUGCCCCAUACACAUGUUGGCCCGUGUUCGUUAUCCCCCUCAAUCUCCCCCCCGGCAUAUGCUUUCAACGACAGAACGUAUUCUUGUCGUUGAUAAUUCCUGGACACCCGGGGAAUAAUAUGGGUGUGUUCAUGGAGCCUGUGAUUGAUGAAUUGGUCCGUGCUUGGGAGGAAGGGGUAUGGACAUACGACCGAGCUACAAAGAAAAACUUCAAAAUGCAUGUUUGGUACCACUACUCCCUGCAUGACUUCCUGGCGUAUGGGAUAUUCUGCGCCUGGUGUGUUCACGGGAAGUUCCCAUGCCCAGUAUGCAAGGAAGGUCUGAGGUUCAUUUGGUUGCAGAAGGGUGGCAAGGAAUUUCUUCAUGAAUUCUGGCGUCAAUCAAGGGAUCCUACCCCACAGCAGGAGGAGCAGGUGCCCCAGGAGGACGCCGAGGAGGCGCAGGAGGACGCGCAGGAGGAGGCGCAGGAGGACGCGCUGGAGGAGGCGACAGCAGGGGGUUCCGCUUCCUCUAGUUCGUCCAGCGUCUACUUGCGAGGUCCCGCGAGCCUCCCUCAGCGACCGAUACCUCGUGAGAGACGCCCGCUGAUUCGACCCGAGGGGGAAAAGAACUGGACGAUUGUGGCGAGUGGAGGUGCUCACACACGCCAAGUCAAUGGCAUCCUCGGUCUUCUGUGCAAGGAGCACUUCCCUGGCCUGGUUGAGUACGCCGGAGUGACGGGGCCGGCCUACUCGUUUGACCACUACGCCGCUGCCCCCGAUGCUGCAGAUCGGGCCCGCAGGGUAUUCAACAACAAGGCGGAGCGGGUGAAGCAAGAGCUGUGGGAUUUCUUUAGAUGCCAGGACAGACAUGAGGCCAGGGCGGAUGCGGUGGCUACCAAAUGCUGCAAAAAACUCGUCGCGGACAUGCAUUACGAGGCGCGCAUCCAGGCCGUCGUAACUUACCACGGGACCGUCGUUGGAACGAAGGUCACCAAAAGGGACGCAAGAACCAUGACGCUGACCCGGGACCAGUACCUGCAGAUGAUUCCUUAUUGGUGCGCCGCGCAUCCCCAGUGCUGGGAACAGAUGGUGGACAAGUGGUGCUCACGCGAGUGGGAGGAGACGCACAACUUGUGCCGGGAGCGGCGUUUGAUGAUGCCAGGUGUAGCACACCAUCAAGGCAGCCGCAACCUCAGCGGAUACGCACAAACAUGGUCGGCGUCACAUGGUGGCCAGCCUUGCUCCAUCUUCAAGGCAUUUGCUAUGGCCCACAAGGGCAAGGCGACGUCCGACGUCGACUACAACCCGGAGGACGGGCCCGAGGCGUACAGCAAUGCGACCGUCCACAACCGCCUUAGUGAGUACACAUCGAUGGCAAGGGAGGUCCAUGGGCCAGAGUACGAUCCGAUCACCGAGGACCUUGAUGGAGAAGUCGUCAUGAGGGUGGGAGGAGGCAAGAAGCAUGGGCGAUACUGGAUUGGCGACGGCGCAAUCGACUCGGCCGCUACUCCCAGUCUCUCCCAGAUUCGAGCAAGCAGCACGAGCACGAGCCCGGCCAUACGACCUCGGAAGGACACUUCACACCACCGAGUGGAGGCACUCGAGGCCCAGCUGGAACAAGAGAGGAGGAUACGGGAGCAAAUGCAGGCGACGAUGGAGAGGGUGGAGGCCGAGCGGGAGGCCGAGCAGCGGAGGAUGGUGGAGAUUCUUCAGUACAUGCAAAGUAUUGGCGCCGCUACGGGUGUAGCUCCGCCACCUUCGCUAUUCGCUCCACCUCCACCUCCUCACUAUUCUACUCCUAAUCAAUCGGCGGCAUCGAACGAUCCUCAUGCUUCAGCGAAUCCUUCACCAAAUCAGUUUCAUUGACCAUCUUGGUGAUGAUACUUGUGGUUGUUAAUGGUACUUCUAUUUGCAAUUAUGGUUGUAGAUGAUGGAGCACUUGGAUUACUUGUGAACUUAUUUGUGAUAUAUUGUGAGACAUGUGAUGUUUGUGAUA